AUGACGAGGUUGUCUGAGAAAUACUAUUCAAAUGCCACAACUAUAAGAAUUAAAAGGUUCAGCCUUAAAUUCUGUUUAGAAAUUGAAAUUUCUAUCUUCAACUAUCUUGAAGAUUAUUCAAAAGAGUUGAAAAGUUCUUCCAACAAAAUUUUCAAUAUUCAAGGGGGCGAUAAAACUUUAAUACAAUACGAUUACCCAACGACAUUGGGCUGUAAAAACGUCGCCUUAAGCUUUAAUGUUGCUUGA